AUGCCCUCUGAGCUUUUCGCUUUCACGCAGUCAUCUCACCAACAAUCUUUCCCCGACCGCCUCAAGCGCUACCUUUUCAGCAAUCUCCUUCCGAGGUUCAUGAAUUGGGCUGGAUUUCACGAGCCAAGGCGUGCUUUACGCCGUGAGCUUGACUUGGAUGAGCGCUUGGAGCUGUUGGAAGCGCCUCGCACUUCCGCCAAUGGAGGCCGACCUUUGCUUUGCAUUCUCUCCCAUUGGGGCAUUGAUCGCCCGCGGCCACUUCCACCACGUGCUGUUUUGGUGGGGCCAGUGGAAGAUUACCCUGGCAAAGUCAAGGAAGCUGGAGAGCUUCCAAAGCUGGUGGCUGAUUGGCUGGCAAGUGGCAAGGUUGUCUACAUCUCCUUUGGCACCAAUGUGAGACCAACACGAGAGGUCUACCAAGCCAUUCUGGGUGCAGCGGAGGGCUUGCAGGACGUGAAGUUCCUGUGGGAUGUCGAUGAGAGCGAAGUUCAGGCCUCCAGCUUGGGUGAAUUGGCACAUGCCGCUGCGUUCCCCAAUGUGCACUUCGCGCCUGGUGUGCCACAGAUUUUGGUGCUGGGCCAUGUGGCGGCGUUUGUGACACACUGUGGUCUGAACUCUGUCCACGAGGCUCUGCACUUUGGUGUGCCGAUGCUGGGCCCAGAGCUCAGACUGAGCUGCGCUUUGGAGGUAGAUGAUGCAUGCGCAGCCGACGGCGAUUGCAGCCUGGAAUUGAGCCAGCUCCGUGGAAUGAAGGUGAACUACCAUGAUGCUUUGGCAGAUGCGGAUGAGGAUGAGGAAGUGACAGUUGAGGAGGGCGGAGCGUGCACCAACCAAAAGGACCUGGGAAUUUGGAAAGGAGGAGGAAGGGCAAGCUUUGAUGGUGCAUUGAACCAGUGCGGCCGCUCUUGUGCUGCAGGUUUCCCUUGUACCCAGGGCUGCAUGCAACAGAAGGGGUACUCGACAGGUUGCGCAGCCUGCAUGGCUCACUUGGUGGAAUGCUCUCGUGACAAGUGCAUGAAUCAGUGCAUCAGCAACGACAAGAGUGCAGCUUGCACUGGCUGCGUUAGGAAAGGCUGCCGCCCCAGCAUGAAGCAGUGCAGCGGCCUGAACGCAGGGGGCGGGAGAGACUCCGAGCCCAUAGGGCCAGAGACAGAUGCUGAGCUGCGAACAUGGCUGAGCUGCGUUGUUGAAGACCGCUGA